GACUCCUUUUAUUUUUGUGCAACGAGUGCUCAAGCUUCCAACUGAAACACGUUGGUUUAUUUAUUGUAGUAUUGACUAUAAGAUAGGCACAACUUUUAAGGCGCUGUCGUCUUACAGUUGACUGUCCAUGGUUAGUCAUCCUUUUGUGUGUUGUGCAACGACCGUUUAGUAUAAACUUUAAUUUUUAACAAUGAUAUAUAUAUAUAUGUAUUUACAUUCUGGCUUUGAUUAAAGAGCGAUGGAGUAACCAGUCUUUGGUUUGGAAUACUGGUGCUUGCCACUUUGGAUCGAUUUGAAAGUUUGUGCAACAUUACUGGAAUAGUUAUACAUAUUCUUUCCAUUUGAAAUAUUGGAGUUUGGUGGGAUGUUGAUGUUGCUCGGUGAGAUAGCUUUCAAGAACUUCCGACUGGAAAAUUCAUGCUUGUCUUUACAUCUGUAGUAGUCCGUCUUAUGAAAGAAGUGUGUGUGUAUUGUUUGAUAUACAUCUCGGACUUCGUGAGGAUGAUGUUGUGUUAAAAUCUCCCAGCCUCCGGGUACUAACAUCAACAGACUGGGAUAGGUAAUUUUCAUCCUGAUCAUUGUGUGCCAACAUGCUGACUUAACAAGAUUAAAACGUAUUAGAAGAUGCACCGUCACUGAUAUUGCAUUAUAUGGUCACGUGAUUUCAUAAUUCUUACAAUAACGGCUAUAUCGAUGUAAAACACACAGGUGGUUUGUAUGUGCUGUGUACUUUGUAGUAUUAGUUGAUACUGAUCACUAUACAGGACAGUUGACUAGCCACAGUUCUUUGCUGGUGGUCAUUUUGACAAACCAGAACUAUGUGGUGCAUAGGAACGGUCAAAAAGGAUGAAUGGGACAGAAAGUCCAAUGACAGUGUUUUCCCCGACACAGAAGACAGCCCACCUCGGGACUACGCCAAGUUGUACCCAGAUCCAAACACUGAGGAUACGGUGAUGGGUUCGCUUGUUUACUGUAUACACCACAAGAAGGGUUGUAAGUGGAUGGACGAACUUAGAAAAUUACAGGGUCAUUUGAACACGUGUAAAUACGACGCGAUCCCUUGCACCAAUCAGUGCGCCGCUAUGAUUCCCAGGCUGCUGAUGGAAGACCACCUGUUCUAUACGUGUCCUAAGCGGAGGACCAGAUGUAAAUUCUGCAACAGGGAGUACAACGGGGAGACAUUGGAGGGGCACGUGAGUAGCUGCCAGUAUGAGCCAGUAUUUUGUGAGAAUAAAUGUGGGCUGAAGAUUCUACGAAGAUUUGUCUCUAGUCACCAAAUGAGCGAAUGCUCCAAGAGGCUAGUGGGUUGUCGAUAUUGCCAAAAGGAGUUUGUUUAUGAUACGUUACAGAACCACACAGCCAAAUGUCCCAGGUAUCCACUGCCAUGUCCUAACCGCUGUGAAUCAUCGAAGGUCCCCAGAGAAGACAUGGAAGUCCAUCUGAAGGACCACUGUCCAUCUGUAGCGCUUUAUUGUGUUUUCAGAGAUAUUGGUUGCAAGUUCAAGGGUCCACGUUUUGCUUUGGAGCUACACAUGGAGGAAAGUACCAACGCUCACCUCGUCUUGAUGAGUGGUUUAGUCUCAAGACAACAACACCAGAUCACCUCGCUUCGAAAUGCUUUUCAGAACCUUACACUUAAUACAUCUGGAAUUCUGUUAUGGAGGAUUAGUGAUUACACCCAAAAGAUGUCAGAAGCCAAAUCCAGAAAGAGCUAUGAGAUAAGUAGUUCUCCGUUUUACACUAGCCAGUGUGGUUACAAACUGAUGGCGACUCUUUUCCUAAACGGCAACGGAGCAGGAGAGGGUAGUCAUUUGUCUGUGUAUAUAAAGAUUUUGCCAGGAGAGUAUGAUUCCCUUCUUUCUUGGCCAUUUUCACACACUGUUUCUUUCACGCUUCAUGACCAGGCCGCCUCUCCAGAAAAAGCCUGUCAUAUUGUCGAAAGUUUCGUGCCAGACCCUUCCUGGAAAAACUUUCAGCGGCCAAGUAAAGAACCAGACAGUUUAGGAUUUGGUUUUCCGAGAUUUGUUUCUCAUGAAACUCUGAAAAAGCUCAACUAUGUAAAAGACGACACACUUUUCAUCAAGGUGAAAACAAACUCUAGUAAAAUCGCAGCAGUAUGAAAACAAUAUAUAUUUGUAUUUGAAAGUCAUGUUAACCCUAACGUAAUGCAUUUAUGAGUGCCACCAGUGACAGUUAAACUGACUGUUAGUGUAAAACAACAUAAGAUGGUCAUUCGUUUUUUGUGAUUCUCACUGAAGCUAUAUAAACAAGAUUUUUUUUUCUAUUUUCUUACUUGAAAGAGAAAGCAAGAGCUAGCACAUAAACGUAAGUCCAGUUUGUGUUUUCAUGUCAUGUUAACCAAAUUAAAAUAUCUAAUCAUGAUUGUAAGUAGGUUAAAGAAAGCAGGUUUGUUCGUCACACUAAUAUAUUUUAUCAAAGAAAUAUUAUUUUCUAUUUGUAUUGUAAACCUUAUGGAAUUUUUUUGGUACCACUGAGUUUUUGUGGUUUAGUGAGUGACUACUACGUCAGAAUCAUAUUCUGACGUAAUACCACAUGUUCAGAAUAUACCACUACGUCAGAAUAUGUGAUGUUAUAAAUUACUAUUUGAUGGUAGUUGUUUUCUAAGUGAAUAUUUGUUUCUGCUAGUCAAAAAAAAAAAAAAAAAAAAGGAAGAUGAAAAUACGACCAUGUAAAAAUGUCA